UAUUGUUGGGUCACAAAUUUGAUAUUGGACCUGAGAGCUUUAAUUUUCCCAUGACUUUAGUAACAUACAUGCAGAAACUAUCGUGCGCUCCCUUGGCGGUCGGCUCAUAUACUUGGGCUGACGUAUAAAAAAUGAGGACCAAUUCUUGAUUUGAUUUGUGACAUUCAAGAGGUCACAUAAGCAAGAACAUCCAGCCCAGGUCCAUUCUGUACUGUGCUGUACACAACAACAAAAUACGAAGGGCGGAUAUGGAUCCCUCAUCUGAUCCUUUCGGACUGAAGAGUUUAGUGGACUGUAUUUUCAGAGCAAUAUAUUUUUCGCAACCGACUGACAUGAGUGAUUUUAUACACCAGUACAUAUCGGAUCUAAUGGACUUCAUCGGAUUUCACGAAGAAGAGAGUCUCGAGCGUCUUUUUGUGGUUUUCCAAGAACAAUGGGAGAAGAAGUUUCUAGAUAUUAAAGACACAAAAACAUGCAUGGAAUCCGUCCCAUCCUUACAAAAUAUAUCUGAGGCAGAGAUCGAAGACCUUUUGCAGAGGCUGUACAAGGAUUUGGCAAUGGCAAACGUAUUACCACAAGAGGUAAUCCAUAAAACUGGAAGAAAACGGGAGAGAAUCCAGAAGCCAGACGAUAAUGAAUGUGCAGUGGAUUUUCCAGCACAGGCCGAUGAUGACUGCACGGAAAUAGAUGUAGUGUCGAUAGAAUGCGUACCAGAUGAAGAGGAUGACUUUGGAAGGCAUGCUGAAGCACUCCUGGAUGAAAUGCCAUGCUUGUCGCCACCUUUAUUGGUGACGUCUUCAAACGUAGAAGUGGCUACAUCACCAAUUUCUUGUGAUAGUCUGUCACAGGUGUCACCAGAGCCUUUUGUCGCACCUAGUCCACCAAGGCAAGAGCUUGUUCUGCCACCUAGUCCACCAAGACUUGAGCUUGUUCUGCCACCUAGUCCACCAAAGUUAGAGCUUGUUCUGCCACCUAGUCCACCAAGGCAAGAGCUUGUUCUGCCACCUAGUCCACCAAGACUUGAGCUUGUUCUGCCACCUAGUCCACCAAAGUUUGAGCUUGUUCUGCCACCUAGUCCACCAAGGCUUGAGCUUGUUCUGCCCUCUAGUCCACCAAGGCGAGAGCUUGUUCUGCCACCUAGUCCACCAAAGAAAGAGUUUGUUCUGCUACCUAGUCCACCAAAUGAAAAGCUUGUUCUGCCACCUAGUCCGCCAAAGAAAGAGCUUGUUCUGCCACCUUCUCCACCAAAGAGAGAGAUUCUCUCACCAUGCCCACGAAGACAAAAGUUUGUUCCUCUACCUAGUCCACCAAGGCGAGAGAUUGUUCCCCCAGCUAGUCCAACAAGGAAAGUCCAGCAUGACCCAGUGAUUACUGAACAAAGUAAUGUUAUGCCACAUAUGAAAGGAUCAGCCGAGGGCAACCGCAGAGCCACAGGGCAAUAUGUAUUGCAGAGUGAAAAGGAUAAAACACCUGGAUCUGAGAAGCCCAAGUGUAUGAACAGAGUAACCCUACUGUUGCCUGAUAAGACCAAGGAGGAGUCAUUUGGACCCAAAAAAACAGGGUCAGAUGCCAGGCCCAAACAAAGUGAGCCCAAGAGCCCUAGGAUAAGCCCCUUCAGUUUACCUCAACGACAAAGACCUUCAAAAUCUGAACUAGUGAGCAGAUCAAUGCAAGACUCCAAAAAAACCAGGCUUGUUUACGGCCAGGCAUCUGGACCAAAGAAAUCUGAAAGAUCAGAAUCACAAAGCAGACUAACAAUUCUGGAGGCCGCCAACAUGGUGUCUCGUGUAACAUCUGCACCAAAGAGGCCAAAAUUAGGACCAACACCAUCCUUACCAGAAGUGAGGAGAACAAGGUUGAGUCUUCAUCGCUUAUAUGGAGCAGAAAGGCCUAAAACUGCUGGAGCGGACACAAGAUCAAAACCACAGCCAAAACAGCCCUGGAAAAAUCCUCUCAGUGAUCCUCCAAGAAGGGAAGGACCCCCACGGGUUCUUUGGAUGGAGAGGGAAAGGGUCAAGCCUGUGCAAAACAAAAAACAUUGGAAACUUCCUGCCAACCUCUUGUUUUGAUAUGAACCAGAACCCAUAUCCAAGAACCAAGUUUUGAAUCCUUUACUGUUUGUCUUUUUUUUCCAUCCUGUAUAUCUUGAGCAGUUUGUUGUCUUUUUGCAUGCUUUUGAGUUGGCAUCGUGUCUUAGUGACUUCCUGGCAAGUUCCCACCUCAACCCACGGACUAGCCCAUGAUGAACAUCUCUGCCUAGCCAUGAACUUCAUUGCAAAGGUAGCAAUUGCGAGCGGGUCCGACAGCUCGGAUUGGAAGUGAGUCGACGCAAGGCGUGCUGCGAUGACUGGCUACAAAGGAUGUUGGAGGACCCCAUUCCACCUUCCCUCAAUGAUGAAAUACCAACAUUUUCAACUGACAUUUGGCUCACUGGAACCAAUAAUUUAUUAAUUGGUGCUGGCAAACUCAAACUCUUUGGUAACAUUUAAUUCAGAUAUUAAUAGCGGUAAUGGAAUGUGAAAAUACAUUUACUGCCUUGAGUAAUGACAUCUGUAAAUAAAACGCUCUUUGUACUCAACCAGCAAUGUC